UGUCCGCGCUUUUCUCCACAUACGCGUUUCUCUUGAAUCCUACCCGGAACUGCUCGUCAGCCCGUCUCUGUUCCAUCCGCAGACAUGGCUGUUCCGGAGAAGAGCACGAAGGAAAGGCUGGUGUCGUUGCUGGACGAUUUGGAAGUUCUGUCCCGAGAACUUAUUGAAAUGCUUGCACUUUCAAGGAACCAGAAGCUCAGCCAACCUGGAGAAGAGAACCAAAUUUUAGAGUUAUUAAUUCAGAGGGAUGGAGAAUUCCAAGAACUGAUGAAAGUGGCAUUCAGCCAGGGGAAGAUUCACCAAGAAAUGCAGGUUUUAGAAAAAGAAGUGGAGAAGAGGGACAGUGAUAUCCAGCAAUUACAGAAACAGUUGAAGGAAGCCGAACAUAUAUUGGCAACAGCUGUCUAUCAAGCUAAGGAAAAACUGAAAUCAAUAGAUAAAGCAAAUAAGGGUUCAAUAUCUUCUGAGGAACUUAUUAAGUAUGCCCAUCGAAUUAGUGCAAGCAAUGCUGUAUGUGCUCCUUUGACUUGGGUGCCAGGUGAUCCCCGAAGGCCUUACCCCACUGAUUUGGAAAUGAGGAGUGGCCUACUGGGUCAGAUGAGUAACCUGCCUACCAAUGGAGUCAAUGGACAUUUGCCUGGGGAUGCACUGGCUGCUGGACGACUCCCAGAUGUCUUGGCGCCUCAAUACCCGUGGCAAUCAAAUGACAUGUCCAUGAACAUGCUACCUCCAAAUCACAGUAAUGAAUUUUUAAUGGAAUCCCUUGGGCCCAACAAGGAGAAUGAAGAAGAUGUUGAGGUCAUGUCCACAGAUUCCUCUAGCAGCAGCAGCGACUCUGAUUAAAUGUAGUCAGAAAGUUUACAGCCACUGGAAUCCAACCACUAGCACUGAUGUGUCUGCAUGUUGCCUAAGUGGCUUUACAUACUGAAGACUGCCAUAGUCAUGGAAGCCAUGGACUUUUUUUUUGUCAAGUACUUGGAAUAUUGAACUGACAUUUUGUACUGGUAUUUUUUGUGAUUUGUUAAAUAUAUAUAUAUAUAUAUAUAUUUUUGAUACUUUUUUUUUUUUUUUAAUAAGUAAGUUAAUUUGUCUGAAGGAAGCGGUCAUCCUACCCCAGUUAAUUAUUUGUAAAACCCUUGAAGUGCCUGAAAGGGAGGCCAGCAUGUGUUUUGGCACAGUGCUGUAUAUUGAAUGUGCUAGCUUUCAGCUUCAUUUGCCUUUUCCUUUCCAUCAAGACUUCAUUGUCCCAUUAGGAAAUGCUUAUUAUUGGGUUUGGUACAAAUUUAAAACUAUUGUAUAUAUUUUCAUUGGGUUAACUUUUCUUAAUGUGUCUGUUGUACAUAGUAUUUUGCUAGGUCUGUCUCUGUGUAUAAUGCAUAUCCAUUGUUGUGUUCAUAUGUAUUUAUGAAGGCAUUGACAUUUUCUAAAAAAUGUGUAUAUUGCCACAUGUACAUAGAGGUACAUUAGGUACCAUGCUUGUUAAACAUUCUGAGGGUUGUUUUUCAUUUUUCAUCCACAUUCCCUAUCCCAUUAAAUUGAUGGACUUUUGUAAACAAGGGUCCUUUUAGUAUGUAUAUAUAUAUAUGUAAAUAUUCUUAUUUUUAAGGAUAACCAUUUUGAAAAGGAGCUUGAGCAUGGGAUUGAGGUUUAAGCAAACAUAAAGUUUAUCAGGCAUUUCUGUGUGUCUUAUAUUGGUUCAUGCUUAUACAUGAAUGUUUUAUUGGAUAAUUGGGUUCUACAAUGGGUAAAGGUGGCCAUAGACGUUACAAUUACGAUCUUUCCUGGAAAAGAUCUUUCCAAGAAAGAAUGUUCAUAUGGUGUUUUGUUGGAGUGACAACAUAAGAAAAUUCCUUGCCUUUGUGGGGGUUGAGAAUCACCGCUGGUAAAAGAUGAAAAAUACAUAUGCAGGCAUUUUCAUACAAUUUGAAUGUUUUACUUCAGCCUCCAUAAUGGCAAGGAAUUUGUCCAUUUAAGGGCAAAACUCCAUGUGUGGCAUUGCCCUUAAAUGUACAAUAUACACGUGUUUAACAUGAGCCCAUUAAAUGAACAACAAAAACCCCACCUUGUUGGUACCUGCACAAUUCUGGGAGAAGAAGCUGGUUAAUAAAGAUUACCCUUCCAUUUA